ACGCAAAUAUAUCAUUUGAAUGGAUAACACUUACAUAGUAUAAUGAAUCCUGUUAGUCCAAUGGUCUGAAAAUAUGGAGAUAUUUUCACUCUCUUGUGGAAUUUUGAUCUGAAGAUUCUGAUUUGGGAUCUCAAAUGGAGAACGUUGAUGUUUCCAAGUACAUACACAGCUCUGUGCACAGAGCUGUUGCUUCUAAAGACUAUGUUAGUCUCAGAGCAAUACUGUCUUCUCUUCCAAAGCCUAAAGAUCCUUGUGAGAUUCAAACAGAAGCAGCUUCAUUAGCCGAGGAAGCAAAAUCCGAUGCCAUUUCGGCUGUGAUUGAUAGAAGAGACGUCCCAAGCCGUGACACGCCGCUACAUUUAGCUGUGAAGCUGUGUGAUUCAACAUCAGUAGAAAUGCUGAUGGUUGCUGGAGCUGACUGGACUUUGCAAAACGAGGACGGUUGGAACGCGUUGCAGGAAGCUGUUUGCGGUAGACAAGAGGCGAUUGCGAUGAUUAUAGUCCGGCAUUAUCAGCCUUUAGCUUGGGCUAAAUGGUGUAGGAGACUACCUCGUUUGAUAGCUACAAUGAGUAAGAUGAAAGAUUUUUACUUGGAGAUGAGUUUUCAUUUUGAAAGCUCUGUUGUGCCUUUUGUAUCUAAGGUUGCGCCGUCUGAUACUUAUAAGGUUUGGAAAGUGGGAUCGAAUUUGAGAGCGGAUAUGACUAUGGCUGGUUUUGAUGGUUUCAAGAUUCAACGGUCUGAUCAGAGUAUUUUGUUUCUUGGUGAUGGGUCAGAGGAUGGUGAAGUUGCUCGUGGAUCGCUUUAUAUGGUUAAUCAUAAGGAUAAAGAAGUGGUGAAUGCGUUGGAUGGUGCUUGUGGAGUUCCAUCAGAAGAAGAAGUUAGGAAAGAAGUGGCUGCAAUGUGUAAGAGUAAUAUCUUUAGACCCGGGAUUGAUGUGACACAAGCGGUUCUAUCUCCGCAGACUAAUUGGAGGAGACAGGAGAAGAGUGAGAUGGUUGGUCCUUGGAAAGCUAAAGUCUAUGAGAUGAACAAUGUUGUUGUUAGUAUUAAGUCUAGAAAGGUUCCUGGUUCAUCGGGUGAUAAAGAAAACGGUGGUGUCGAAGGAGGCGAUGAUGAUAUGUGCGAUAUUCUAACAGAUGAAGAGCAAAAGCAACUAGAGGCUGCACUUAAGCUAGAUUUACCGGACUUCCCAAAUGUCAAUGGUGAGAAUGGUUUCAUUGAUCCUCAUCAGCAGCAAGAUCAUAUCGAGGUCGUAGAUUUUAGUCAAGCCAACAAGAAAGCGGAGAAGAAAGGGUGGUUAGGAGGUUGGAGAAAGAAAGAGACUAAACAAGAGAAGCAAAUUCAAUACGCGCCUCCGAGAAGCUCUCUUUGUGUGAAUGAGAAAGUAAGUAAUCUAUUGGGAGAGUCUAAUCAGAUAAAACCAGGAAGACACUCAGUAGAUAAUGAGCAUUAUAGGAAACCAAAAGCAUCGGUCUCUGGUAAGACACACCACGAAAGCGAAUACAAGAAAGGGUUACGUCCUGUUCUUUGGUUGUCUCCAAACUUCCCAUUACAAACAGAAGAGCUUCUUCCUUUACUUGACAUACUUGCAAACAAAGUUAAAGCGAUUCGUCGUCUCAGAGAACUUCUUACCACAAAACUUCCCUCUGGAACAUUUCCUGUCAAGGUUGCUAUUCCAGUGGUACCUACAAUAAAAGUGCUAGUUACAUUCACAAAGUUUGAAGAAAUUGAGCCUGUAGAUGAGUUUAAGACACCUCUCUCGAGCCCGACUGCUUCUGGCUAUGAGAGUCCAGCUGCUGCAACAACUGAGUUCAGUAACUCAUCGUCCUCGUGGUUUCGUCGGUCUAGAUCAAACAAAGAUGGUACAAGCAGUAAGUCCAAAACAUUACAAGACCCAUUUGCAAUCCCCACAGGUUAUACUUGGGACAGGGUGCUUGCAAGGAAUCUUAGGACAAGUGUCUGUGGAACAAGGAUUUUGCAGAGGACUUGUUCAACUGUUGUGACACAUGAAGUUUCUAGUUCAGGUUCUAAUGAGAGUAAUGCAAUAAGGAAUUCUACUGACGAUGGUCCACAACAUGACAUUGCUAUUGUUGGUGGUGGAAUGGUUGGAAUCGCUUUAGCUGCUUCUUUGGCAAGCAAGCCAUUGACAAAGCACUUGAAUGUUGCUAUUAUUGACAAUAAUCCUCUUUUGGGGAGAAAAAAUAUCAUAGAGAAAGGGCAUCCACCUGAUCCCAGAGUCAGUACAGUCACACCUGCAACAAUAUCCUUCCUCAAAGAUAUUGGUGCCUGGAAAUACAUUGAGGAACAGCGACAUGCGUACUUUGAUAAGAUGCAGGUAUGGGACUAUACGGGACUUGGAUAUACAAGAUACAAUGCUAAUGAUGUACAUCAAGAUGUUUUGGGGUGUGUAGUGGAGAAUAAAGUUCUUCAGAGUUCUCAGCUAUCUUGUGUACAGGAAUCAGAUCUCCAGAAGACUGUUUAUCCCGCAAGGUUAAACGCGAUGGAUAUGCUACCUAGCUCUUCGUUGAUAGGUCUUGGUGAAGUACCAUCCUCAACAGACUUGUUCAUGCGAGGACGCCUUGCUAAGCUGGAGCUAAGUGAUGGAAAUCAUGUCUAUGCAAAACUGGUGGUAGGCGCCGAUGGGUCUAAAUCGCGAGUGAGGGAGUUGGCAGGGAUCAAAACGACUGGAUGGAACUACUCACAAAACGCUAUAAUUUGUACUGUUGAGCAUACUGUUGAAAACUACACAGCAUGGCAACGGUUUUUACCCAAUGGCCCAAUCGCACUUCUUCCCAUUGGUGACAAGUUUAGCAACAUAGUAUGGACUAUGGACCCAAAAGAGGCAUCAGAUCGAAAAUUGAUGAACGAGGAUGACUUCAUCAAAGCUGUAAACGACGCUCUGGAUUCUGGAUAUGGUCCAAAUCCAGAGACUACAAGUUCACGGGAUAGUCUCUCUUGGCUUACAGGAGAUGCGACCAUAUCUGCCAAAGAGAGGUUUGAAACUCCUCCCAAGGUUGUGAAGCUUUCUUCAGAAAGAAUGAUGUUCCCUUUGUCUUUAAGGCACGCAAAAGACUAUGUGUCAAAGCGUGUGGCUCUUGUUGGUGACUCAGCUCAUACUGUUCACCCGUUGGCUGGUCAAGGAGUGAAUCUAGGAUUUGCAGAUGCGUGUGCUCUCUCCAAAGCUAUAUCAGAAGGCAUUGCUCUUGGUACCGAUAUAGGCGAGUCAAAUCUGCUCAAGCGAUAUGAAUCAGAGAGAAAACCUGCAAAUAUAGCAAUGAUGGCGGUCUUAGACGGAAUCCAGAAGAUGUACUCGGUGGAUUUCGGACCGCUGAAUGCUCUAAGAGCGGCUGCAUUCCACGGGGCUCACUACAUUUCGCCGCUUAAAAAGCGAAUCAUAUCGUAUGCUUCAGGAGAUCAAUCUUUGCCGCUAUUUUCGUGAAGAACGCUAGGUAUUGAUUGCUUUGGUAUCAUCUUUUCUUUUGCCUUAUAGAAAUUUAAUGGUGACUGAAAACAGCUCCCGGAGCCCAUAUUUUAAAUAAGCCUGUUAUGUAAUGCGACCAUUGUAUUUAGAAUUUUAUGUUUCAGUCAAUAAAAUACUAAAAUCCUA